UUCAGUUGUUCUCUGUAUUUUAUUUACAGUUAUAUUUACAAUUAAUAAGAUCAGUGCCCAGUGUCCAGACUGUUAGGACCGGGCCCAACACCCCUCUCUGAGGAUGUACGGCCUCUCGUGGAGGAGGCUUUGUUCGAUCUUUUGCUGCCCUCCGCGGCUGAACCGUAUUAUUGCCAAACUGGCAUUUCACCCCCCGGAGCCUACGUACACGCUACGUGAGAUUGAGGCCCCCGCAGCCCAGGACCUGGCGCAGGAUAAGCAGGUGGACCCCACAGUCUCUCUACCUCCGGUAUGCAAUCUGCAACUGUCAGAGGGGGCUAACUGGCCACAUUCCCAGCAGAAGCUGGACGCUGUAGAGAUGUUCCGCUGUACCACCAAGCGGGGUAAUAGCCUGGCCUGUAUGUAUGUCCGCUGCGUCCCUGGGAGCCGCUACACCCUCCUCUACUCUCACGACUGUGCUGUUGACCUAGGCAAGAUAUGCAGCCGCUACCUUGCCCUGGGCUCCAAGAUCAAGUGCAAUAUCUUCUCGUAUGACUACUCAGGCUAUGGGGUGAGCAGCGGAAAGCAAAGCGAGAAGAAUGCAUAUGCAGACAUCGAGGCAGCCUGGCACGCCCUGAGGACCCGAUACGGAGUCCCGGCGGAAAAUAUCAUCUUAUAUGGGGAGAGCAUUGGAACGGCACCUACCGUUGACCUUGCCACACGAUACCAAUGUGCAGCAGUAAUUCUGCAUGCCCCGCUAAUGUCAGGGGUGCGGAUGGUCUAUCCUAACGUCCGGAGGACCUACUGUUGGGAUGCCUUCACCAACAUCGAUAAAAUCUCCAAGGUGACCUGCCCGGUACUUAUCUUCCACGGGACUGAAGAUAAGGUUGUGGACUUCUGCCAUGGGCUGACACUGUAUGAGCGGUGCCCAAAUGCUGUAAAGCCUCUCUGGGUGGAAGGAGGAAGGCAUACCGAUUUAUAUAAGCACAAGCAAUAUCUAGUGAGACUGCAGAAAUUCAUCUCUCAGGAGCUGCCCAAUAUCUGAAGCCACCACCGCACCCGUACAUGUACCAUCUAAUCCGGGACUGAGACCUCUCAACGGCACAUUCCACCUAGGUGCAUUAUAGAUCCAUCAGAUCCAUCAGUCAAAGAUAAUGACCAGUCCAUCUGCUGGGAGCUAACAUCUGGGAUCUGACAUAUACAUAACGCCUAAAGCUCUCUUAC